AUGAGUGAUUAUCAGAUAAAAUACUAAGAAAUUAAAGGAAGUCUAACUAUCUUAAUGUAAUAAAAUAACGCUCUCAAAUAAUAACUUAAGGAAGCUUGUGAGGAAUUGUAAGAAAAACAAUUAUUAAAGGAAGAAUGGGCUGAAGAAGUUUAAAGAGUUUCUGAAACAAUACAUUUAUUGUAAAGUGAAAAUGCUAGUAUUAAUUAAUAAUUGUAUGUUAGAUUUGUAAUAAGAAAAUGAACAUUUAAAUAGAAAUUGCUAAGAAUCCAAAUACUUGAUAGAACAAUAAAUUGAAUAAAUUACAAUUUUAAAAGAUUAGAAUGACAAAUUAAUUGUUCAAUUAGAUUAAUGCAGAUAAUAAAAUUUAUAAAAGGAAUUACAUAUUAAAUAAUAACGAGAUGAUAAUAUAAAAUAAAUUGAAUCAUUAUAGUAAUAAUAGUUUGAAGAAAUAAAAAAAUUAUAGGGCAUUAUAGAUAAUCAGAGUGGUUUAAUAUAAUCUUAUGAGAAAUUAAAUGAGAUUGAGAAACAUGAUUCAUAAUAUAAUAAAUAAUAAAAUUAGAUUAUAUUUGAAGAUUAAUAUAUAGAAUUGAAGAAUAGAAAUAUCAUUCUUUAAAAUAAAAUUAAUGAAGAGAAAUAGAAAUACGAUUAAUUAUAUGAUUAACAUAAAGAUGAAGUUUAAAAAUUAUAAAGUGUAAUCAAAGAAUAAAAAGAUUUAUUAAAUUAAUAUGAAAGAAUAAUAGAGAGAGAUAAAAAAUAAGCUUAAUAAUAAAUAAAUUUGAAUAAUACCCCUGUUUAGAUGUAGUAUGAGAUAACACAAAUACAAUAGCCCUAAUAAAUUAAAUAAGGACAUUAAAUUUAAUAAAUAAAUUCAAUUCCUUAAUAAACCUUAUAUUCAUAACCUAAUUUAAAUCAAAAUGUUUACCAAUAGACUUAAAUAUCACCUGUUCUUUACGAUAAAUGCAAUUAACCAUCUCCAACUUACUUAUACACAUAACCAAAUUAUUCAUAACCUAUAUCAUAAAGGCCACCAAAAACCUUCUUUACAAAUAAUAAGAUAAAUCAUCAAUUACAAUAAAUCACAAGAGAUAGAGAUAAAUAAAACUCAAGGGAAUAUCAUUAAAAACGUAGUUUUCAUUUUGAUGAGGAAGAGGAUAGUAAAAGAGUAGAGAAAGAGUUCUAAGAAGAAUUCUUAAAUAAAUUUUAGAAUGUAAUAGGCAGAAUGGAAGAUAAACUAUAUUAAAUGCAAAAUGAACUUAAUAUUUCUGGUAUUUCAGAUAAACCAAAAAAUUUAAGAUGA